CCCUCGACAGACCGUACAGGGUCCGUGCUUGCAUACACUAUCCAGUAGCGAGCAUACUCACUCUUGCUCGUCACGCUCGCCACAUUUGCGCUGCUCGCGUGCUGCGCGAGUACGCUUCAGCUGCACCUUAGUGGCGGGCUCUCGGCGACCUCACCUUCCACGCGAGCCAUGUCCUCCACACCGAGUAUUCGCGUAUAUGAUUCUCAGCGUGAAUCCCACCACUACCAACUACCACACCAUCGCCGACCAUCGAUACCAAGCCCGGCUGUCGCAAUGGCCAUCCCGAGAGCACGCGAACAGCCACCACCUCCCUUGCCUCCUCCACGUCACAUCGAAGUCAGAGGUGGUCAAGACCCUGGUUGGCAAUGGGGUAAUACAAAUAGUCCAAGAGAUACCGGCUUUGGCGGAAAUCGGCUCGCGACAGUUAGACCUGGCUCGAGCUUAUACGGUGGAGCCACAGGCAGCCACCCGCGGGAGCCUUCGGUCGAUAUGUUUAACCAUGGCCGCGAACCAUCCGUCUCAAGAUCCCUCGACGGUAUGAGCGAACACAGCACCAGCGAAGACGACCGCAGUAGCAAAGCUCGGCCCUCUCUCGGGAACCACAGGUUUACGAGUGAGCGACAACUCGGUCAGAAAGCCCUCCAGAACUCAUCGCAAGCCUAUGACAAACAGCUGCUCUCGAAAAUUGGCGGCCCGAAUACACCCACACGAACAACUGCACCACCGCUCCCCUCUGGCAGCACCCAAGAUUCCGCCGCCGAUACACACGCUUCUUCACAUAAACUGAACGGCCAGCUGAAGCCUCUGACCGUACCGACUACAUCUCCUGGCUACAGCGGCUGGCGAAGUCCCGGCUUCGACUCAGCGGAUUCAUACAGAUCACGCUACGGCAGCAUCUCAACGCCAGGUCCUUUGGACGAAACUUCUUCUCAACACCGUGGUAGCUACGAUCAUAGCAUAUUUUCGGACCCAGAGUUUGUUGGCAUGGAAGAGAAUGGAAUGCGCGAUUUGAACAUCAACGAGCGCAGCCCUGCCGAGUCAGAGGAUUAUCAGUUAGGCCCAAAGGGUGGCCUAAAACGGCGGGCCUCGUCCCCGCCCUCUGAAGCCGCGCGCGAUGACCGUCCUAUUCCGACUGGCCACAACGACCUCUAUCACCGCCGCUCCCAGCAAAUGCUCGUCAAUCGGAACUGCACAGCUUCGCGGUUUCAGUCGACCCAAAACUCCCUGUCCUCCGCUGGGUCCGCAAGUCAACGUAGUGGCUCGAUUGGCUCCUCUUUUGGGUUUUCAACCGCUCCAAGUAGCAUGGCAAGUUAUUGCGGAGAUCAGCGCCUAUCGCCCAGUGCGUUGUCGCCUUUGGGCGAAACAGAGUUAGGCGCAGUCUCGCCAUAUGCAGCUAAUAGGUCGUUGGACCCUAGUCCCCGCGGGUCAUUGUCGCGACCUCCGCAUCAUCGGGGCUUCCCAGAGUCCGAGCAUCCGCAGAUACGGAAAAUGUCUACGGAAAGCAUGCUACACUCGCGACAGAAUUCAAUUGCAAGCCGCAUACCAGGGGCUUACAUUUGCGAAUGCUGCCCCAAGAAACCCAAGAAGUUCGAUAGUGAAGACGAGUUACGAGCACACGAACUAGAAAAGCAGUACACUUGCCUGUAUUGUCCCAAUCGUUUCAAGAAUAAGAACGAGGCGGAGCGCCAUCAAAAUUCCCUUCAUUUACGCCGACACUCUUGGUCGUGCGCAACUCUCGUCAAGAUCGAGGCAGCUUUCCAUCCCUCGCCUACUCGUCCAGCCGUUGCAGAUGUUUGUGGGUAUUGCGGUGAAGAGUUCGCCAACCCUGCCGACUGGGAAGCGCGAUCUGAGCAUCUUAAUCACGUGCACAAGUUUGGUGAAUGCAACCAAGCCAAGAAGUUCUUCCGCGCAGACCAUUUCAGACAGCACUUGAAGCAUAGCCAUGCUGGAACCAGUGGUAAAUGGACCAACAUGCUAGAAAACGCCUGCAUGAGAGACGAGCCCCCACCACAAGAGCGUGUUGGCUCGAUGGGCUCAACAUCCGGCCCCUCGAGUCUAGCAUCCAAGCCAGGUGUCAUCAAUGAAGCACACGACGAGGCAUGAUUUCGAAGAAUAUGAUACUACUGGCCUGGAGCCAUAUACAACGCCACAGGAUGUCGGACAUUUUCCAAAAUCUGUAGCAACGAACCCUGUGGCUUAUCCGAGCAGCUUUAACCUGUCGAACCCAACCCUUCAGCAACAUCGUCUCGAUCGAGCCGACAAUAGCACUAUCUUCAAAUUAUCAUUCGUCCAGUAGAGCGGCGCUCAGAUGUCGCCUCCUUUUUACAAAAAAUUUUCACGCCCGCAGACUGCUUCGCAUUUUCUUUUGCCUCGGCGGCGAAGCCUGGGCGUUUUGGUAUAACGACACUGAUGACGGCAUUUGGUCUUACACAUUAGAGAUAUUUCUACGCGGCUCAAGACAUUUCUGGUGCCACUAAGAGCGGCAAAUUUGUUGCAUUUCAAGGAUGUUUUAUCGAUUCAGCGGGCGUUGAUAGGACAGGAA